AUGACAAAAGGUAGCUGGCUGGCGAUGGUCGCGGUGGUGGUGGUUGUCGGGGCGGUGAGAGGGUGGGACUGCGUCUGCAAUCCAAGGGAGUGUGAAGUGCUGGAGCCAAGCGGGUGUCCAGGAUUGGGGAUUGUCGUAUGGGAUCCUUGCAGAUGCUGUAAAGUAUGCGCGCGGACACUAGGCGAAGACUGCGGCGGAUUCAGUGGGACUUGUGAGCCAGGGCUCAAAUGUGUCGAUGGUUCGUGCACGCGAAUCACGUGA